GGCUAGGCUACAGCGCGGAGCCCCGGCGACAGCGCGGCCACCCCCGCCGCGUCUCCCUGCCUCUCUUUCCUUGACCAAAAGGAGUGGCUGCGGCGCCCAAUGAACGGCAACGCCGGCGGCGAAGGAGGGAUGAUGAUGAUGGAGGAGGAGGAGGCUAAAAUGAAUAACCAGCGGGAAGCACUGCAGAGGAAGAAGAACGCAAUCUUAGUGGACGGCGUGAUUUUAAACGGCCCAGUGGCAGAUGCAAAAGCAGGAGAGAAAUUCGUGGAAGAGGCCACCAAGAUCAUAAUGGAGGAAGUGAUAAAGAAAGCAGCAGAUGUAACAGAAAAGGUGUGUGAGUGGCAUCCUCCAGAAAAGCUGAAAACGCUCCUUGAUUUGGAAUUGAAAGACACCGGGGAGACCCAUCAGAGACUCCUGCAGUUUUGCCAGGAUAUUAUACGUUUCAGUGUCAAAACCAAUCACCCAAGAUUUUUUAAUCAGUUGUACGCUGGUAUUGAUUAUUACUCUUUAGCAGCGCGUUUCAUUACUGAAGCAUUAAACCCGAGUGUAUAUACCUAUGAAGUGUCCCCAGUGUUUUUGUUAGUGGAAGAAGCAGUCCUGAAGAAAAUGAUUGAAUUCAUUGGGUGGAAAGAAGGUGACGGUAUAUUUAAUCCAGGUGGCUCUGUUUCUAAUAUGUACGCGAUGAACUUAGCAAGAUACAGGUACUGCCCUGACAUAAAGGAAAGGGGCCUUUCAGGGAUGCCUCGACUGGUGGUAUUUACGUCAGAAGAGUGUCAUUAUUCCGUGAAGAAGGCAGCAUCAUUCUUGGGGAUCGGCACACAAAAUGUUUACUUCGUCAAAAGUGAUGAAAGAGGUAAGAUGAUACCUGAGGAACUGGAGAAACAAGUCCAGCGGGCAAGGAAAGAGGGUUCAGCACCAUUUUUUGUCAGUGCUACAGCUGGCACUACAGUUCUGGGAGCAUUUGAUCCUCUGGAUGAAAUUGCCGACAUCUGCGAGAAACAUGACCUUUGGCUGCAUGUUGAUGCAUCGUGGGGAGGCUCAGCUUUGCUAUCAAGGAAGCACCGCAGACUUCUACAAGGCAUCCACAGGGCCCAUUCGGUGGCGUGGAAUCCUCAUAAGAUGCUAAUGGCAGGGAUCCAGUGUUGUGCCCUUCUGGUGAAAGACAGUUCCGACUUGCUUAAGCGAUGCUACUCUGCCAACGCGUCCUACCUGUUCCAGCAAGACAAGUUCUAUGACGUCAGCUAUGACACAGGUGACAAAUCGAUCCAGUGCAGCAGAAGAGCAGAUGCGUUCAAGUUCUGGAUGACCUGGAAGGCCCUGGGCACAACUGGCCUGGAGGAGAGAGUAAACAGAGCCCUUGCGUUAGCCAGAUACCUAGUGGAUGAAAUUAAGAAGAGAGAAGGAUUCCAACUGCUGUUGGAGCCGGAGUAUGCAAAUAUUUGCUUCUGGUACAUUCCACCUAGUCUGAGAAACAUGGAAAAAGGCCAGGAGUUCUGGGAGAAGCUCAAUCAUGUUGCGCCCAUCAUUAAAGAGAGAUUGAUGAAGAAAGGCAGCAUGAUGUUGGGGUACCAGCCGCAUCGUGGCAAAGUCAACUUUUUCCGCCAGGUCAUUAUCAGCCCCCAGGUGAGCCGAGAGGACAUGGACUUCCUGCUUGAUGAGAUUGACUCACUAGGCAAAGACUUGUAAUUGAUGCUUCACUGCGCUAGGCUUUCCUUAGUUGUGCAGUUUACAGCAUUGUCGCCCAACCUGCGGCCUUCCAAAAUGUUGCUGGAAUACAACUCCCAUAAUCUACGACCAUCGGCCAUGCUGACCGGGGGCUGGUGAGAGAUGGAGUCCAACAAUAUCUGGAAGGCCAAAGGUUAGUCACCGCCAUACCCAGCUUUCUGGGAGUAAGCCUCCUUGAACUCUAUGGGACUGACCUUUGAGUAGACGUGUCUAGGAUUGUACUGUAAGGAUGUUUGCGACAUGAUGGUAUUAGACCAUGUAAUCCCAUAGAUAAAAUGCCCAGCUGGCUGAAGCCACUGCCAGGAACACCUGGAGAAGUGGUAGUUAAUUCUUUGUAGCCUUGAUUGUAAUAAAGAGCCGGUGCUUUUCAAAACUAGACAUUUUGUGUCCAACGUUGAUAUGUCAUUGGCUGAUAACUGAAUGCUAAAAAUGGGCCCCAUUAACUACUAACAUAUAUUGUUAUAAAUUAGUUAAAGUGAAUGGAGUUAAGCCAUCGCUGUAGUAAGGCCAGGUUUAGAUCAGUGGGUAUUAAGUUUAAAAAGUAGCUUUAUAUGCAUUGUGAAGAUUAGACAUUCAGGAUUGGUGGACUCUACUUAUGCAAGAGGAGUUGUUUUUUCUUACUAACUAGUAAAUUAAGUGUUGUGCACUCAUUAAUCCACCAUUUUUUCCUGGAAGCAUCCAAAAUGUUAUAUACAAAAUACUGGGUCCCUGGGGCAAGUCUAAGUUAAUUCUACUUAGGUACCAUUGAAAUCAAGGGGAAAGUGGGUGAUGAUUUCAAUGGGAUCUAAGUUCAUCGAGUGUGAUUUAGUCUGAAUCCAUCCUAUUGUAAUUCACAUAUCAUCCUUUUCUCUUUUUAUCUUGGGGUGGAGGGAUUGUACACAGUUUCUAAGACAGUUUGUAUUAAAUUUUAUUGCUAAAACAUCAGCAAGGUCAUUUUAGAGGCCUAUUGAAGUUAAAGAAAUUCCACAUGUGUAUGUGUGUGUAUAUAUCUCCUAGAGUUGUAUUUUUUUAUGCUGUGUGGCUAUUUAAGGUAAGGAUUACUGUAUUGAUUCAUCCACUGGUGUUUCUAAAGAUGUAAAAACUAUCAAAUUUCACUUGAGCAGAGUAUAAAUGGGGGGAUUACACUAAAAAAUAGUAUAUAGGUGUGUAAUAAGCAGAAAUUUGUCCAUAAUAUUCAGACAUAAUUUUACAGUAAAUACUUUUGUGAAGCUGAACAGACCCACACUAGGUUUAAUCCAUUCUAUUAAAUUUGUUUAUUACAGUGUCUUUUAACAAAUUGUUUUGUAAUUCAUGGUCUUGUUCUUCCAUUAGUGCUGUAUGUAGAAGUUUUUCUAUAUUUGCAGGCAUGGUGUAAUGAUUAAUUUAUUAGAGAUCCGUAUUUUACCUGCUUCUGUGAGAUCUAUGUGAUGAUACAUAUAGUGCAAAACAAAUUGCCUAGAAGUGCUUUUUGUAGCAGCACAUUUAAGUCUAAUGUGCAAAAUAUAUGUGUUCUUAGUUGAAUGUUUGAAUAAAAAGGCAUUGAUAACUCUUAA